GCCGUACCAAUUUUCCAAGUACGGAUCGGCACCUCUUUCCAAGAGCAUCAAGACCGUGGACACAUGCGCUUUGGAAGCAGCUUUGAUAAUAGGAGUUGUGCCCAUCUUUGUAGCAGCGUUGAUAUCCACUCUCCCACUCUCAAGGAGAUCAGCAUGUAAAUCGUCUACAGUAUCUCCCAAUCUCUUCAACAACAUCCCGACUUGCAUUCCAUCUCUAACGACCAAAGGCUCAAAAUGACAACUAUCACUGCCGGAACAGUAGAGGUAACUAUCCCACCAUGGACGACCUCGACAAACCUGGGGCCGCUGCCCACAACAGCCUUCCCAAGCGACUGUCUGGCGAGUCUCUGGGACUUCAACACGCCGGCGCUCGGAAUGCCAUGGACGCAGAUGACGCAAGGCUGUGCAGCGAGCACAUGUUGCCCCUACGGAAACUUCUACACUGAAGCCUGGGCAUGGAUGACAAGCUACUACUCGCCCGGCGUCUGUCCCUCUCAAUAUCGUUCCUGUCACGGGCCCAUGCCACCUUCGGCACUGAGCACGGCUCCAGAUGAGACGAUCGCCUUCUGCUGUCCAACAAACUACGGCUGUCCGGCCAGCGGCUUCUUCCAAUACUGCCAGAGUGCGCUCUCGACCGCAACAGCAGUCAUCGUCGUCGAUAACAUUUUGGAUCAAAAGACGCUCUCCACAUCCACGUGGACUCUGGACAGCGACUGGGGGUAUUCCUGGCAGGCUGUCUACCCAAUCCAAGUUCGCACCGGGGGGUGUCGAGUCGACAGCCGCUCCAACUUCGAAAUCUACGCCGACAAUCACAAGCAUACCGAGCACAGUUUCGCUAACGCAGACCUCGACAUCGGCCCCUAAGCAGUCAACCCUAAGUCCUGGGGGCAUCGCAGGAGUCUCGGUCUCGAUAGGCUGUAGCGUGAUUACGAUGCUCUUCGGCAUUGGCUGGAAGGUGUGGAAGUAUCGGAAGCAGCAGAAGGAGAAGGAGAAGGAGAAGGAGAAGGAGAGAGGGAGACAGGCUCAGACUGAAGCUUCGAAUCCUGGCCACAGGUAAGGAUAUUUUGAAUAAUAGAAAAGUUCGAAGUGAUUUAGGGAGAAACCGUAGGGUAAAGGAGAUUUAAAGUAUUAGUAAG